AUGAGAACGACCAUGAUGAUGAGAACAAGAUCGUUGGUGCUGGCUGCGCUACUAGUGGUUGCUAUUAUGAGUGUGAAUGGAUCUUACUCUGGCAGCACUCAAGUAAACAUUCAUCUUCCCGGCAGUCUCCACUUGGACGGAGGCUACGAUCAUUUCAUGGGUCACUUUGGCCGUGCCGCCAUGACACGAGCGGGUCACUACUAUACCAGUACUACUAGUAGUAGUAGUAGCAAUAGUGACGGCCAAUAUGGCAGUAUGAGUCUGUUUGUGGAAUUGGCGCCUUCCGAUCUCUGUCAUCAUCUGACCAACAACUAUACGUUACCACGACAACCCAGUUUAUUACUCGUCCACAAUAGUCCCAAUUGUUCUUUUGUCACACAAACACGACGCGCACAACAUUUGGGAGCCGCUGGACUUCUUAUUGUCGAUAGAGCAUGUGUCUGCGAAGAACAAACCAGCGGGUAUUGUCAAAUGGCAGACGGCGUCGAAUGUCAUCCCGGCUAUACGAUAGUCAAAGACGAUGGAUCCGGCGGCGAUGUUUCCAUUCCCGCCAUCUUACUCAAACAACAAGAUGGAUCUCCGCUCGUCUCGAAUCUAACGGCCAAAAUUCCUGUACUCAUGAGUCUCCAAUGGCAAGCGACUGUGGCUCCGACCAAAAAACCCAGUGACACCAAGAGUAAAUUGCCGUAUGGCAUGUGGUUGGAUUUGCACGAUACGCAUCAUACACCCUCAUUGACACAACAAAUGCAACAAGUGGCGUUGGCGGUGGGUGCCAAGACACAUUUUUAUCCGUCGUACAUGUUUUACGAUGGCACGCAACUGGCAUGUCAGGGCGAUACUACGUGUGCCGCCAGUUGUACUCAUCAAGGAAAAUACUGUUAUCCAUCGGCGCACGGCAAACAAGUCGUGCAAGAAAUAUUGCAUCGACUGUGUAUUUGGGAACUCUACGGUGACAAUGGGACUGCGGUGGGCGAUCAAAUGGGACGGCCAUGGUGGCAGUACGUGACGUAUUUUGAUCAGAACUGUGCCGCGCCAUUGUACGGAUACGACGACGACCAGCAACCAAACAACAACGACGCCGACAAGUGUCGCCAAGAAGCUUAUCAGCAUGCCAGUAACAAUAUGGAUGGCCACGAAAUUCAAGAAUGCAUCCGGUACAGUGGCGGCCUCGAUGGUAGUGACAAAAAUAAUUUACUCGAACGUGACUUGCACGACAAGGAACGCUACGGAAUUUACACGACACCCUCCAUUUGGGUCAAUGGCAAAUCGUUACCGACGUAUUGGAGGGCACCAUCCGGGGCGGCAUUGUUGGAAGCGGUAUGUGUCGGAUUUGUGUCCACGGGACGAUAUACCGCCGAAGCGUGUGACAAGUGUCUCACUAGUAGUAAGAGUGAACAAGAAUUGGUGGAUUGUGCGCAAAAAUAUCCCGAUCGGUACGAUCAUCACGGUGGUGACGGCAAGCGUAAAAAGGGCGAUCAACACUUUGGAGCCGCCAGUAGAGCAUUCAAGGUUAUCUUUUGGUUGGCAUCCAUCUCCGCCGUGGUGGGAGCACUCUGGUUUGGAUACAAGAAACGACUCGAACGACAAGAACAAGAUGGACUACUCCAACAGCAACAGCACGGACAUUUGCCCGGUGGAUUGCUGGUGAAUGCACUCGGGGGCAAUCUAUUGGGAGGUGGUGGUUCGGAUCAUGGCGGCAACAAUAACAAUAGCAGCAGCGGCAACAACCGCAACAGUCUGCAUGGAAGAUUGUUGGAUCCCAUCUUGUCCUACAUGCCACUCAAUACUACCAACAGCAAUGCCAGCACUGGUGGCGACGACGGAAUCAAUGGCGUUGUGAGAGAAGAAUUCAUCACGACAUACGAGUAG